ACUUUAGAACAAGCCUAUUUAAACUUCACCUUCGGAUCUAGCCUGACCUUCACAAGACCCCAGCAGACCCCAGCCUUCAUUGAUGCUCUACGUAUCCAGAUCCUACAACACUGGGAUCCACCUGAUGAUUGAUCAUCCGUAUGGGGAACCCUUCACUACCAUCCAAAACAGAAUUCAAUACUUGGUCGACGAAGUCAUGUCUCCGGAACAAGCUUCUUCCAUCCUGAAAGAAUGCGCAUCCGUAGCUAUGAAAUCUGGUGUCAGUUUGUCGAUCCUGAUUCAACGGAAAUCUAGCUUGGAUGACCAUGGUGGCCAGAGUUUACUUUCCCAGAAAGUACUCCAGACCGACGUCAAUGACGAAGCGUCAUUAAGAAUAUUGUCUCUCAUUAUGGAAUAUGCGGCGUAUGAAGAAGGUGAUUUUCUUCAAAUAGCUGAUAUACGCCGCGCUUGUAUGAUAAAGGACGACCAACCUCUGUUUGAAUCUGUCCGCAAUACAGAAUUAUACAGAAAAUCUGCGGGAUCAGCAAAGGCAAUCUACCUGGGGAGCACAGGUUUACAGGAUACAGUGGUAGUGCAACCAAGGAUAACAAACCCUUCGCGAGUAUCGAGCAGCAACCGUCACCAACCAGCUUUCACUGCCAUUUUGACUAUUCCAAUGUUCCAGAUGAGGAUAAGAGGGUUGAAUAAAGUAAAUCUGGAGUUCAUUGCCCAAGGUCGGAUGUGGUGCUUGACUUUCCGGAAGGCCAUUUACAAUCCACAAACUUCGAAAAAGAAAAAAUCUUUUUCACUCUGGCGUCGGACUCGCAGGAACACAGAACCUGCGGCGGAUACCUGGCAAAUCGGUUUGUCAUUGACAGACCAAAGCGAAUCAACACCGGUACAGGCAACUAUCACCUUUCUACCUUCCACUCGCUCGAGUGCGGCCACUGCAGUGAGAGGGGGCUUGGGAGACUCGCAAUUGAAGGACAAGGAUGAGGUUGAAAUUGAGUUGUCGACUAAACCUGGUGAAUACCUGGUCUCAGGACCGAAUUAUUCCCGGGUUCAAGUAGUCAAAGGACAGACCCACGGGAUUUACGCAUCCCUGGACAGCGGAAUAUUGAGCUCAAGCGGUAGCAUAUACAUUGAAGAGGACGGCUCGCUGAUUGUGAUAUUGGAAGCUAUCCUCGCAAUGACCGUUAAACCGAGCAAACAAAAAUCAGUGAAAAAGGUGCAGAAAACGGACGAACCCAUGGUUGAUGACAAUGUAGCCUCAGUCUGCCUGUGAGAAUUGUUAUACAGUAUACAUGAUAACUGUAGUAUGUCAGAUGGUAGUGAAAUGUAUUAGCGCUCAGUCAGUGAAGGUCUACUGUCAGUGUUUGAUCUGGAACGGCCACCUAAACUGCUGUCUCC